AAUUUAGAAUUAUUUAUUAUAAAAAAUCAAAUAAAAGCAAUAUAUAUUAUUAAUAAAUAAAUCAGCCAUCAAAACGCCCGUCAAGAGCGUAUCGCCGGUCGGCAGAAACCCUCGCCCUCGUCGCCCCUCUCCAAAGGAAAAGAAAAAAAAAUCCCACUUUUCCCCUUCCCACCGCCUCCCCUUUCCCAUGGACGACGACGACGACGCCCGCUCCGAUUCCCAGUCCAAAUCGCUGUCGCAGUCCCAAUCCGAAUCCCCGCCGCCCUCGCCGCCCACGCACCCCAUCUCUGUAGUGGCGCCCUCCUCUGCCGCCGCCCCCAGCUCCCACCCCAACGGUCGCGCCGCCGUCGAGCCCGUCACCGUCGCCGCCCCGCCCCAGCACACCCUAACCCUGGCCCUCCCCAUCCAGCGACCCUCCGGCGGCGGCGGCGGCGGCGGCGGGGGCGGCCGCGAGGAUUGCUGGAGCGAGGGCGCCACCUCGACCCUGAUCGACGCGUGGGGGGAGCGGUACCUGGAGCUCAGUCGGGGGAACCUGAAGCAGAAGCACUGGCAGGAGGUGGCCGAUGCCGUCACCAGCCGCGACGGCUACACGAAGACCCACAAAACCGACAUGCAGUGCAAGAACCGGAUCGAUACUCUAAAGAAGAAGUAUAAGAUCGAGAAAUCGAAGAUCGCCUCCGGCGCCGCCGACACCUCCUCCUGGCCCUUCUUCAGCCGCCUGGAUGUCCUCCUCGGCCCCAACCACAAGCCCACCUCCACCCUGACCGCCACCCCCGCCCUGCCUGCCCCUGCCAAUCCCGGCAACCCCCACCAUCCCUCGAAAUUUCCGGCCGGAGUCGCCCUCCGGCCUCCAAUCCAACCCCAAUUCCCCCAGCGGCACCGCACCCCGCACCAUAGCAACAAGAGGGGGAGAUCGCCGCCCUCGGUGUCGUCUCGGUCGGCGGGGCUGUCGGCCGCCUCGUCUGAUGGGCUCCCUCCGGAGCCGGCCGUGCACGAGAAGCGGCGGAAGCGGGAGGCUGAGCUGGAGGAUGAGGAGGAGGGGCUGCGGGAGCUGACGCGGGCGAUACUGAGGUUCGGGAAGGUGUACAAGAGAGUGGAGAGCUCGAAGCUGCAACAGGCCAUGGAGAUGGAGAAGCAGAGGAUGGCGUUUGCGAGAGAGCUGGAGCUCCAGAGGAUGCAAUUCUUCAUGAAGACCCAGAUGGAGCUCACUCAGCUGAAAAGCUGCCAUCUUGGGAGGAGGAGGAGGAGGAGGGAUGGAGCUGGUGCCAGCGGCAACGGCCGCCGCCACAACAACAGCAGCAACAGUAAUACCAGCCACAACAGUGGGUAGAUGGGGGAGGAGCAGGGGAUUUUUAUUUGUCGUUUAGAUGGUGGGAAGGAUUUGGAUCCCAGUGUUAGAUCUGAGAAUAGGACUUCGUAGACGACUCUACCCCUUCACUGAAUCGGAAAAUGGUGGAAGGAAAUUGUACUCUGUUCUCUCUUGGGCAAAUUUGAUUUAUUAAUGUUAUGAUGAUGGUAAUUAUAAAAAUGGUCCUCCUUUUCUUACAUGGAUGUGAUGCUCUCUGGAAGUUUUGGCAUCUCAUGUAUUAUUAGUAAGGAGAGGUCUUGGACCUAUUUGUCUUUUGAGCAGCAGCAGGAAUGUGGAAACCAAUUGUUAGGACCGUAUCCACAGUGGAUUUCGGGCAAAUUUAA